AUGGGAGACCCGCUGACCGAGUACCACAGCCGCCUAGAGGAGCAGGAAAAGGAGAUAAAACGUUUGUCUGCUGAGGUUGAAAGUUUAAAAAAUCCUAGAAAUUUGGAACAGACAGCGCAUCUAGACGAACUGCGAGACGAAAACGCCAAACUCAAAUAUCGGCUUAAUAUCCUCAAGAGGUCUCUGCAGGAGUCCCCCCAAACCUCAGUAUCUACUCCGCCCUGUGACUCCAAAGUCAUGCUUAACAUCAACCAGCGACUGCAGCAGAUAUUCGGGGCGGCGAUUCAAGCGUCAUACCCAGAGCUGGACAACCCUCCUCUGUCUGUCACACCCAAUCAGCAGGCCAAGUUUGGAGACUACCAGUGCAACAGCGCCAUGGCCAUGUCACAGAUGCUGAAGGCUAAAGGCGGCAAAGUGAACCCUAGAGAAAUCGCGGAAAAAAUAGUAAAACAUCUCCCAGACAACGAGCUCAUUGAGAAAACUGACAUCGCCGGACCAGGUUUCAUUAACGUCCACGUCAAGCGAUCGUUUAUUUCUCAGCUGCUCAGUAACCUGCUGGUAAACGGUGUCCAGCCUCCACCGCUGCACAAAAAGAAGAAGGUGGUGGUGGAUUUCUCGUCUCCAAACAUCGCCAAAGAGAUGCACGUGGGACAUCUGCGCUCCACCAUCAUUGGCGACAGCAUGUGCCGCCUCUUUGAGUUCCUCGGAUACGACGUUCUCAGGCUGAACCAUGUGGGGGACUGGGGUACACAGUUCGGGAUGCUGAUCGCUCACCUCCAGGACACGUUUCCCGACUACCUCACAGUUUCUCCUCCCAUCAGUGACCUCCAGGCUUUCUACAAGGAGUCUAAGAAGCGUUUCGACAACGAGGAGGACUUUAAGAAGAGAGCGUAUAAGUGCGUGGUCCGACUGCAGAGCAAAGAGCCGGAUUUCAUCAAGGCCUGGAACAUGAUCUGUGACGUCUCCAGAAAAGAAUUUCAGAGAGUGUACGACUGUCUGGACAUAAAGCUGACGGAGAGAGGAGAGAGCUAUUACCAGGACAUGAUGACAGCGGUGGUCAAAGAGUUUGAGGAGAGAGGUUUUGUGGAGAUGGACGAGGGCCGCAAGAUCGUUUUUGCGACAGGACAGUCUUUGCCUCUCACUGUGGUCAAAUCAGACGGAGGAUACACCUACGACACCUCAGACCUCGCAGCGCUCAGAAACAGACUCUUUGACGAGAAAGCCGACAUAAUCAUCUAUGUGACUGACAGUGGACAGGGGGGGCACUUCCAGGUGGUGUUCGCUGCUGCUCAGAUGAUUGGCUGGUACGAUCCCAAAGUGACCAGAGUGGAACACGCCGGGUUUGGAGUGGUACUUGGAGAGGACAAGAAGAAGUUCAAGACCCGUUCUGGGGACACGGUGCGUCUGAUGGAUCUGCUGGAGGAGGGUCUGAAGAGGUCCAUGGACAAACUCAAAGACAAAGAGAGAGACAAGGUGCUGACCCCCGAGGAGCUGGUGAAGGCGCAGAGGGCCGUGGCGUUCGGUUGUAUCAAAUACGCCGAUCUAUCUCACAACAGAAUCAACGACUACGUUUUCUCCUUCGACAAGAUGCUGGACGACAGAGGGAACACGGCGGCCUACCUCCUCUACGCUUUCACACGCAUCAGAUCCAUCGCUCGUCUGGCGAACAUCGACGAGGCCGCUUUGAGGAAGGCGGCGGAGACCACUGAGGUGCUUCUGGACCACGAGAAGGAGUGGAAGCUGGGGAAGUGCAUCCUGCGCUUCCCGGAGAUCCUGCAGAAGAUCACGGACGACCUGCUGCUCCACACUCUCUGUGAUUAUCUGUACGAGCUCGCCACGACCUUCACAGAGUUCUACGACAGCUGCUACUGCAUCGAGAAGGACAGACAGACCGGUGAAGUGGUGAAGGUGAACAUGUGGAGGAUGCUGCUGUGCGACGCCACGGCUUCAGUCAUGGCCAAAGGAUUCGACAUCCUGGGUAUCAACCCCGUAUCCAGGAUGUGA